AUGUCCGUCGACGAAUUACGGCAACACCUUGAAUGUGUAGAGCAGGGCACACUGAUCCAAGCGAUUAAUCUGAUGUGCUCGGCGGACUAUGACUUGUACCACAACUUGCACACGUCCGUCUACGCUGGGAACAUAUUGUCUGUGACGCUCAAGCCACCGAGCACGUCAACCGCCAAUCUGAAGACGGACCCGAAGAAGCGCAAGUCAGACUACGAUGCAACCCCAGCUCCAGUAACAUCCAAGCGCUUCAAAGGACAAGUCCCUCGGCGCCCAAAAGCGCCUUACGCCCUCUACAUGCAAAGUGCUCGUUGUCAUAUUGCCAGAUCCCUCGGUGUCGCGGCCACGUCUCCGGAGGUCGCCGCUGAGGGCACCCGCAUAUGGCAAACAAUGCCACAGGCUGAGAAGGUUGUGAGUCCAUCUUCCUCUUCCUUUAUUACGGCCUCAAGUAAUCGUCCACAGGUCUGGGAAGGGCAAUAUCAGAAGAGGUUGGCGGAAUACCGUGUCAAAAUGGCUGCCUACGAAGCUGACCACGAGGCUCCCGUCGUUGAAGUUGAUGCUACCAUCCAUUUGGAGAAUUGCAGCUGUUGCGGUGCCGUCUUCAAUAUUAAUGACCAAAAGGCUGCCGGCUGCGAAUAUCAUCCGGGUGAUCUCUACUUCGAAGAUGAAUUGGUUCGCGAUCUACGUAUCGACGCUGCGAAAAUAUUUGAAAUGAUGAGGAGCGGUCCAGAGCACUUCGACUGGUCGUGUUGUUACAUGUCUGGCGAAUACAAAGGCUGCACUAAAGCCGUCCGCCAUUCGAUCGGCGUUCUGAGUAGGCAAGUUAAGCUGGUUCGAGGCGGUUUGAAGCCACUCAAGACGAACCCGCGUGCCAAGCAUUGCGGAUAUGGACAGCAUAGGGGCCCGGUCAAGGACUCAGCACUGUCUGAUGUGACAGACGACGCCGAGUCUAGCGCAGUCACAUAUGCAUCGGACAGCGAGGACGACCGCCCGGGCUGGUGGCGCAAGCAGAGGGUAAUGGACUCUCCGUCAUGA